AUGAGAUUGAAUCGCAAGAACAACAACAACAACAACCACAACAACAACAACAAGCAUUUCAACGAAUUGGAUACGCAAUGCAAUAACUUCAUUGUUCAACAUUCUUUGGAGGGACUCAAUCCUGAGGAUCGCGUCGGGUUUUCGUUUUUUGGUAGUGAACUUGGUCGCGGUGAAGCCUGGGCACGCUUCAAACCACGGCAUUCAGUGUCCGCUGAUGAGGUGCUCGAUUUGGUGCAAUCAGUAUACCAAUCUAAUUCAGCUGGCGUGAACACUGAAACCUAUCAGAUAAAAGUGACGAUUAUUAAGAUGCCGGUGGGUAUGGGGCGUGCCCAGAAAACAAAAUAUAAUAGUUUCGAAGAAGAAUGUGCUGCAAGAAGAGUGAUCCACAAUUCGUAUAGGUUCGCCGGGACAUUGGACAACUACAAGGAAUACGAGCUAUGGAACUGUGCCAGAAAGCGGGUGUUGAUAUUCCCGCGGAGGGUGCCGGGAUUUAGGAGUUGCAAGCAUUCCACAGGGUACGAAUACAGAAUUACAGUGUUCAAGUACGGUGCCAGUGGACGAGAGCAUUCGACCAUCCUGAACUAUAUUCUCACCAAAACAGACAUCAAGCCAAACUUAAUUAUGCGGGGGACAAAAAUUAUUUUGGCUGAGGUGGGAAAUGUGCGAAUUUUGGACUCGCUGAAUUAUUUUCCAAUGGCUCUGGCAAAGCUACCUAAAGCUUUCGGUCUUGCUGGAAACUUUAAGAAGGGUUAUUUUCCACACUUGGAAAAUCAGCAAUACGUGGAUCCUUUACCAUCUGCUGAAUUUUACGGUCCGAAUCAAAUGAAGCCCGAGGACCGACAUACGUUUUUAAACUGGCAUCAAGAGCAUCAGAAUGAUGUUUUUAAUUUCCAGGAGGAAAUCGUCGCAUAUUGCAAGUCGGACGUAGAAAUACUAAUGAGAGCCUGUCUUUCAUUUAGAUCGAUGCUUCUUAACGAGUGUAAGGUUUGUCCAUUCACCGAAGCAACAACAAUAGCAUCAGCGUGUAAUAAGGUGUUUGCUCGAAACUAUCUGGAAGCCGAUACAAUCGCCGUUAUUCCCCGUGGUGGUUACCGAAUGGCUGAUAAUCAAUCGGUUAUCGCUUUACAAUGGUUGUUGUGGGAAGAGAACGUACGAGGAAUCACCAUACACCACGCCGGUACAGUGAGGAGCAGCGUCAGGCAUUCGAGUUUCAUGGUUGUUACUUCCAUGGAUGCACCAGCUGUUUCAAAUUUCACCGAGACACAUCGAUUGGAGGAGGUAAAUGGAUACCAUGCGAAAUCGUUACGACUUCACAACUUAGGAUUUGAAGUCAUUGAAAUGUGGGAAUGUAACUUCCGCACAUUAUUAAAACAGAGUUGUGAAGUGCGUGAUUUUGUCGAAAACCAUCCUGUGUUGGCAACAUCAUCAUUGAAUCCUCGUGACAGAAACACUGUUACAUACUACAAAUGUAACGAGGGUGAGCGCAUCAAAUACAUCGAUGUAUGCUCGUUGUACCCUUUUGUGUGCAAGUACCGCCGAUUUCCUCUAGGACACCCCACAAUUCAUGUAGGAUCUGCAGCCCAAGACAUUGAUUUAUCCACCGUAGAUGGCAUGGUGAAAUGUAAAAUUUUACCACCCACGCAGUUGUACCACCUCGUUCUCCCUGUCAGGAUGAAGGGAAAGUUAAUGUUCGCCCUUUGCAACAGCUGUGGUGAAAGUUCACAACAACGUGAGUGUAGCCAUAUGGAGGAAGAACGGUUGUUCACUGGGACAUGGGUAAUUGCAGAAGUUCUUAAAGCAUUGGAAAAAGGCUACAGGAUUCUGGAAGUGUUUGAAGUGAGGACAUACGAAACGCGUCAAUACAACCAUGCGGCGGGUCAGCUGGGUUUAUUCACAGAAAGGAUGAAUAAAUUCAUCAAAAUUAAACAGGAAGCCUCCGGCUGGCCCGCGGAUUGCGUAAACGAUGUAGUGAAACAGCAACAAUAUCUGGUGGAUUUAGAAGAAGCUGAAAAAGUGAAACUAACACCGGAACGCAUCGAAAAUAACCCUGGUCUUUGA